UGCCAGCAGUCCUCUCAGAAUUCAUGGGGCUGUUUAAACAGUGCAAAGUCCACCAAAAGUUCCACCGAGAUGUGCUGAGCAAAGGCCAGAACCGCAGAAGGAAACAAGUGCAGACUCCAGCAAAGCUGCCCUCGCCCGGGGCAUGGACCCCUCCGGCCCGGGGGGCUGUGGGACUGGCAAUGAGGCCUGUGCUGUCGGAGUUCGUGAGAGAGCUCCCAGGCUGGUUCCUGUUCUCCGGGGUCUUCCUGCCUGUGACUUUGCUGCUGCUCCUUCUCAUCGCCUAUUUCAGGAUCAAACUGAUGGAGGUUAAUGAAGAACUGUCACAGACCCCCGAUGGCCGACAUAAUCACAAGGCUGGCUCUUCCCUGUACCAGAGAAAGAAACGAAUGUGACUGCUGGAGGACUGAUCAAUGGCUAAAGCACAGUGAAUUUCUACUGGUCAGAGAGCAAUGGUCAAUGGCUUAGCAAAUAAAGUAGGCGAAUAAACUAGAACCACAGCAAAGUAGGAGGAAUACUAGGAUGCUUCUUCUGAACCAUACUGAAAAGUGGUAGCUGUUACCCAAGAGGGCAGCUAUGAGACUUGGCUUAAAUAACAGUUCUUCAGAGAGUACCAAGAGUAUAAGAUUUUGCUGGAGGUGCUCCAUGGACUGGACCCAUUCUAACUCUUUAAGUUUUAUAGGACUAUGUCUAUCCUGAAAGGCAUUUAUUUUCAAAAUAAAAUUCUUAAGCAUCAUUACAUAAUUCUGUGGAAGCCCGCAUUAUUCUGACUUUGGAGGUGAAGACACUCUGGUAGAGAUCAAAUGGAUAGCAGAAGAAGAGUGCCUGGUGGAUUCCUGCUUUGAGUUCCCACUUCCAACUCUUGCAAUUCAGCAUCUCUUAAAUGACACCUUUUUAGGCAUCAUUUCCAGCCCUGAGUUGGCUUCUCUUCUUUCCCCAGUUGCCUUCACAAAUUGCAUCAUCAUUGUGACAACCCACCAAACAAGUGGAAUCUCUCGAUACUAGGUAUGGAUCACCAUGAACGUAGCUUUCAGCAUGACAUGACUUGGAAAUACUAGCAAUUUGGUGGGAAAAGGCAAGAACAGAAUGUUCACGGAACUCAUAUGGAGAAUGGCUCAAGGCUUGGCCUCUAAAACCAAAACAUCAGGGAGCUAUUUCUAAAUUUGGAAAGAAGUCAACAUUUCACUAGCAGAAUUAUUCUUUCAGUAGGAGCCCCAAAGAUCCAACAUAGAUAACCGAAACGGAACAUUUAAUUUAAAGUAGUAGUUAAAAUAGAUUGUGGUUACUACUGUGCUAGUCACAGUUUUCUAGUCAACGUCAACAAAAGAUACUUAAGAAGUCCUAACUGUAUCUGGUUAUAUUCUAGUGUUUGCAUAUGAAUCUAACAGGUUAUUAGACUGAUUUUAUAAAACAUAAUAAAUUUGUUCUCCUAUAUGAAAUGCACAAUUUUGUAGUGACAUGCAAUCAUAGAAAAUGUCAGGUGGACAAGACUGCAUCACUGGUGCCAGAUUUUUUCUGCUUCUCUCCUCCUCCCCCACUCUAAAGGUCUUCAUAUGCAUCCAGUGAGUUAUUGGUCUCCACCUGUACUUCUUGCAUAAUAUAAAACUCACUGUUCGACUGAAGACACCAUUUCUGUGUUGUAUUGCAUUUGAUUACAAAGAAAAUGUCUGCUGGGGCUUCCAGACUGAGGUAAUUUAGAAUAAGAGUGUGCAUGCCAUAUGGAAGGAAUAACAAGAUUCUUUCAAUUUCUGGGAGGGAUCUCUUUUUAGCCUCUGGUGGAAAUCAGCUUAUGUAAAAAUGCUUUAUUUGACAGAAGGCGUGAAAGGAUGCAUCGUUUUCCCAGCUGCCAGCCAGAUCUGUGGCUCGGCCACCAGGGUUUGCUCCACCUUCUUCUGGAACCAGGCACUCCGGAAGCCUGACUGUUGGCUCUGGUGGAUGCCAUCCCACCACCUCUGUCUUACCAGGAAAAAUGCAUCUCAGCUACUAUGGUAACAAAAGAUCUCUAGGCACACGUUUUCAGCAAUGAGCAAAACCAAGUAGUUUAAAGCAAGACUCGAUUCCUUUGUUGCUGCUGAAUAAGAAGAGUAAGGAAUUUCCAAUGAAAUCAUGAGUAGAGUCAUGAGUGUUUUUAUAUGUAGAGAGGAACAAAAACGUCAGUUUUCCCACAGAGAGACGAAGUCCGAGGGUUUUACUACCUUUGGCUAGAAGGCACUGCUACUGGAUUGGACGAGUCCCUCACUGAGCACAGCCAAUCAGCUGUCCGGUCACAUCUUCGCUCGCCACACGCUGACUCCCGUGUAAGACCUCAUUUGUUUGGAUUUCCUGGCUCCUCUUCAUCGCUGCUGCCACCUAGACCAGGCGGGCGGUCUCCUUACAUUACCCCAAACUGUUCCCUCCUAUGCUCCAAAGCUUUUCAUCAGGGGCCAGAAACGUUCCCACUACCCCAAGUGGCCUCACCUCAACAUUUCCUAACCUUAUUUCUAAUGUCCUAGUAUCUGAAAGAACUCGCAAUUCUGUCACCCCGACUUGAGACCUUCAAUAAAAUAAUGAGUGCCAA